AUGUUCGCUUCACUUCCACCCCAGUCCCGAAUUCUAGUCACCGGUGCCAAUGGGUUCGUCGCCUCGCACAUCGUGAACCUCCUCCUACAGCGGGGCUACCGAGUGCGCGGGACUGUCCGAGAGCCCCGACCGUGGCUGGACCAAUUGUUCCAAAAGUACGACUACGAGUCCGCCCUCCUUCCAGACCUGGCUCAGCCGCACGCCAGCCUCUUCGAGGACGUUGAAGGCGUGGUGCUAGUCGCAACGGACAACUCAUUCGACCGAGACCCCGCACUGAUCGAGCGAGUCGUGCAGGGGACGCUGGCGAUGCUCGAAGCCGCCAAGCACAGUGCUGUCAAGUCGGUGGUGCUGACAUCAUCGUCUGCAGCAUGCAAUACGUUGACAUAUGCGUCGGAGCCUACUAUGAUCGACAACGCCACGUACAACGACUCAGUCGUCGCAGCUGCUCGAGCUGGGGAGAAUCCGCCCGAGGUCGUCCCCGGAGCGACCGUCUACGCCGCCUCCAAGACUGAGGCGGAGCGUCAGGCUUUCAAAUGGGUUGAGGAGAAUCAGCCACCCUUUCGGUUCAAUACGGUAGUUCCCGACAACGUGGUGCGAAAUUCCCAUUUCCAGAGACGUGCAUUAGUGCUAAUGUUUCAGAUUGGCUCCCGCGUCAACCCUAACGUCAGUGAAUCAGUCGCGCCCGUUCGGGCGUUCCUCCAGGGUAAAGACUUUUUCAUGAAGAUGUUCCCUCCUGGGUGGUAUGUCGACGUCGAAGACGUUGCCCGUCUCCAUAUCGCUGCUCUCCUCGAUCCGAAGAUUCAGUCGGAGCGUAUCUUCGGGACAGCAACUAAGUUCAGGUGGACCGAUGUCAUCGCGAUAAUGCGCCGGCUGCGUCCCAACAACGCCGAUAUCCCGGAUGCACCAAAUGAUUAUCAAUGCCCAUUUGACUAUGUGGGCGCUCAGCGAGCCCAGCAAAUUCUAUUGGAUUUCUAUGGCUCUGGCUGGGUCACUUUGGAAGAUUCCCUUGAGCGGGCCAUUAUUGAUCUUGAGUAG